GUAUAAUUUGCUCGAGACAGGCUGUCACCCAACACAAAGUCUCUCUCGUCCUCUCUCUCUUCUUGUUUACCUCUCACUCAUCGUUCUCUCUUCUCCCACCUUACAAUUCUCUCUCCCUCCCUCCGGGGUCUCGCUCAAGUUAUAUAAUCUCUCUCGUUAACCAGGAUCCCGAGGCCAGAUUUGGAUUUUCGAUCUCGUCCUCUGGAUAGGUGGGAGUACGGUUUGUUGUCUAUUUGAAGACUUGCAUGUAUAUUGAACAGCUUGUGAUAAGUUAGAAGGUGGACCUGAAUGUAGUGAAGACAUAAAUAAUAGGCAAGAAGUACCUUCCCAACUCUUGUUUACAGUGGGUUUUGUGAUUUCUGUUGAGAGUAGUGGUCAAUCUGUUCCUAGAUCUGGUAAAAGAGAAGUAUAAGGGGACUCUUUCUGCAUCCAUGCUGGCAGAGAGCAUGUGUGGAAUCUGUGUUUUGGGUAAAUGCCCCAGAAGAGAUUUGAUGCUGAUGCACUCGGCGUGGUGACAAUUUGUUUAGUUGCACUUUUUGUUGUCUUUGGAUUAUUUUGCAUUGUGUACUCCUUUUAUUUUCGCACUCGCAUUCGUAGGCAGGGUUUUACUCGACUUAGAUAUUUUAGCGGGCCUUGGAUAAUCCGAAUCAUAUUCAUCUUGCUUGCAAUUUGGUGGUGUGUUGGCGAGAUUAUACGAUUAAACCUCUUGAGAAGUGAAGGUAGAAUACUGAAUGUUAACUUGGAAUGGCAGAGAACUAUUUGCAAAGGCUACAUAGUUUCAAACCUAGGGUUUGCAGAACCUUGCUUUUUACUCACACUUGUGUUUCUCCUUUAUGGAUCAUUACAGAAGACAGAGGCCAGGACGUUGAGACACAGAUGGAAUUGCAAAACUGCAGGUUAUGUUGUCCUGUAUUGUUGCCCCAUGUUUGUUCUUCAACUGAUGGUAAUUAUAGUCGGACCAAAGUUAAACAAGCGAGGGAGUUAUUUGCACAAGUUGCCACAUUAUUUCACGAACAUAGUUGCACCAUCUAUGAGGAAGAACGGGGUUGAUAUUGCUCUAUGCACUUAUCCUUUAUUGAGUACAACAUUUCUUGGCAUAUUUGAUAUUGUCCUAACAACCUAUUUGGUCUGGCUUGGAAGGCAGAUCUUGUAUUUGGUCAUCAAUAAAGUGUUGCAUAAAAGAGUCUACAUCCUGAUAUUAUCCAUCUCUAGUUUUGUUUCGUUUAGGGUCAUCUUGCUUGGUUUAUCCGUACUGUCAAAGCCUGAACAUGUUUGGUUUGAGCUCCUUUCAUUUUUAGCUUUUCUCUCCCUGUUAUGUUGUGCUGGUCUGGGGGUUUGCAUUCUGGUUUACCUUCCGAUUGCCGAUUCAUUAGCUCUGAGGAAUGUGCAAGACAUGGAGGCUAGGAGUGGUGAUGAUCAACAUGAUACUGUUUCACUGAUUACUAACCAAAGCUCUCUCGAGGAAAUUAGUGCAGGGAGAACCUCUGGUACCUCAGCUAAGCGUGGUUCCAUCUCCUUCCGCACUAUUGAUAAAGAUCAAAUCUCAGGAACAUUUGUGGAAUUGAGCCUCUUCUCUCCUGGCCAGCAUUCAAGCCCACCUGGCUCACCUUAACUUAUGGGAUGGCCUAUGCUCCCUUCUGCCCAGCUGCAAGAACACUAAAAAAUGAUCAAGUAGUUGAGGUUCAAGUAAACUCAAUUUUGUGAUUUGUAAAGCCUUUUUCAUUUUUGUGCUGUGCUUUAAUUUUGUUUUGUGAUAGAUGUAAUGGCAUGUUUGAUACCCACCUUUUUUCUUGGGUAGUACUAUUGAAUCUUCUCGUCUGCUAUUUAUCUAUAAGACUAACCAUGUACUAUAGACUCGAAUCAAGAUUACUUUUAGAAGCUCA